AUACAAUCACCGUAGUCGAGAAUGGCACUGAAUCAUAAAGUGCAAUUCUUUGUCUUUGACUGUAAAGUGAAUUGCACUUUGGACAAAAGCUGCAAUUACCUAACUCUUUUAUCAUCGAUAGAUUUUUGUUUUUUUCUCAGUGAAGGUGUGAAUUAUUUGCCGUGUACGUGAGUCAGUUGCUAUUUACUUUGCCGUCUCUGCUUCACGCCAGCCAAGUUUUGCGUUUUUGCUUUCAAGACGUCACUGAUAGACAGACAAAACUGCUCGUCAGAUUCUUUGUUUGACUUUAUCCUCUCGCCUUCCAAAUACCCUUGUCAUUGGCCGGAAGGUCGCCUUUUGAGAGUUUGAAUAGCUGCUAAGUUGAAAAGAACAGCUCUUCUGUGAACUGGAACAAAGAAAGACUAAUUCCUUGGUUUACUUUGAAGUUAAUGCAAAAAUGGCCGUGAUGUUGAAAGAGCUUGUCUAGCUACAGACCUCAUGAUAACUAAAACUGGACUGCAUUUCGCAAACUUUUCAAGAAAAUGCGAGCUUCACUUUGGCAAAGUUAAUGUCAAGUGGAACUUUUUACAAGAGUGGAUUUUUUUACCGGAUCAGUCACGCCAAUACACAAAACCAAACAAAUGCCAAGUUUGUUGAAGUUUUCAAUGCUAGUUCGGAUUACUGAACCUUCAUGCAUUCCUCCUUGAUAAGCUACAGCGGCCUUCACUGCAACAGUUCUUUCAGAACUCAACUUGCAAUGGAGCUAAAUUCUACUAACUACGUACAAAUUGGCGACGAGAAAAAACGCUCGAACGAUGCGCGGAAAGAGAUUGAAACUAAUUCAGCAAACGUACUGACGAGACCAUCUUUAUCCGAAACAAAGAACGAACGAACAGGAUUCGGAAGCAUUGAACAUCUCGCUCUUCCAACAGUUUUUGAGGGGAAAAUCACAAAGGAAGGAAAAGUCUCUAAGCAUGAGAAGUUAUCAGCUAUAGCUGAUCUGCGGAGGUCUGGGUCAAAUAAAGACGUCAGAGGCGUGGAUCCUCGGCCACUGUCCCCAUUCCUCUCUCGAUUAAUACCUCAGAAGAGUGUGGAUGACAACGCAAUAUAUGAGCAAUCACUGCGGUCAGGAGUGCGCAGAAUCCAGCGUAACUUCUCGAGUCCACUCCCCACUGGAGAUCAGAAGUCAAGCCCCCUGAACAUCAGAGGACGAGCUCUGUCGGAUUCUCCCGCGGAAGCUCUGGUUAGCCCUAUUAUCCCACGGAGACAUUUCGCGUCAGGAAACUGCCACACCCUAAAUCAAUCCCAGGGAGGUAUAUCACGGGUGAAAUCGUGUCCAGUUAUGAAAGCCGAUUCAGAUGAGCCACUCGCCAAGUUUUCACUUCCUUUGACUCUUUCACCGCUCUCCAAGUCUCCUUCCACUGACGCAUGCUCAACAGUAAAACCCGCUGAACAAUCGGACAGAUUGCCGCGGAUUGAUCACACACACAGUCCAAUGUUGGUGCAACCAGUGCGCACGCGUAAAACACCAAACGAGUGUGUGCGAGAGUUGUUUAACGUGAGUCCCAUAAUGGAUCAAUCUGGUAAUCCCUUAAACCAAGCUGAUGAUAGCAACCUACAGUGCAAAGUCACAGAUAAAGUAGAAUACUACUUAUACAGUAUGUCCGUUGAGGAUGAAAAAGAUUAGUUAUCGAGUAAAAUCACAGACGUUUUUCGAGUUUCAAUUUAGGAAAAUCCAAUUUAGGGGCCAUUUUGAUACAGCUUCUCAAAUUGUCUUUGAGGUAUGUGAAGGCUUGACUGCGUCAAAGACGUAAAAACAUCUUUGCUUCUGCUUUGCUCUUUUGUGGGCACCUUUUUCUUAUCCCAAGAUUAUUUGUCGCUUUAUUUAAUUGCUUGGUCGUUGUUGCAUGAUAUAAGAUAAACAACCCGCCAAGAGCCAGUUGUAGCUUUGUUUCUGAUUAUGAUAUAUAAUGAUUUGUCGUCUAAAAAGGCGCGAGUCAAACUCUUAUCCCAUAUCCUUUUGGCUGAUUGUUCUUGUUUCAGCUUUAUAUAUACACUGCAAACGCUCGGCAUUUGUGCUACCGGAUUGCUCAUAAUCCAAAUACCAAAUGAGUACUUGCUCAAUAGCGACUAUUACUUUAACAUGCCAGUGUCUGUGUCAAAUACGAAAAUAACCAAAUGUACCUCGGCGCGCAAGGCUGCUGAAUGAAUAUUCACAUUAGAGUGGUCCAUUGGAGUCGAGCAGUCUUGGAGUCGUAAUUGUCAGUGUUUUCAACACACAGAGUGCGUUAUAUGAAACUGAGUGGUACAUGACGAUUUUGGUGACACAAAAAAAUUAGCCCCAUGCAAAAGUAGUUGUAAAAGUUACCAAUAACUACUAGGCCGGGGUAGAUGGGAGGGGAGAGAGAGUAAAACUGCAAGUAACCAACACUCUGGUCGAGGAUAGUGCAUGACAUAUAUGCGCGCAAAUCGCGCGCAUGCUCACAUGGUUGGCGAUAUGAGGAAAGCCUGCGAGCGGGCUCACGUGGCGAGGUGGCGAGAGGGAAUGAGCCCGUAUAAGACCGGAAAGGUUUCACAGUUUCUCGCUUCGCACGUCGGCUGAGGUUACAGUAGCUUCCUCAAACGUUUGUGUGAUCCCAAACGCUAGCCCGCUGGUAGGAUAAUACGCCGAGAGACAAGACACGGCGUCUCCGGCUCAGUGGGCGUCCAAAAGUGAUACGCCCAACCUUGUUCCCAGAGUCUCUCUUCUUUUCGUCUCUAGGGAGAGCCCUGGGAAUGAGCCUGGUCAACAUCAUGUGCAACCUCGUCCCCAGGGCCUUCUCCUCGAGGAUUUUCAAAAUGACGGCUCGUCAUCUUGAAAAGUAAAGAAGACCCCGGGAAGAAGGUUGGGUCAGGGGUGUUCUGAUCAUUCCAGAUGACGAUGGAAUCACACGCAUUGAGACCAGGAAUCUUAUGACGGAGAUUUAAUCCUGUUAUCGCAAUAUGUGUCAAAACGUUAACAACUUGGCUUUUAAAAAUUCUGCUGGGGCAAGGUUCAGGCACCGUCCGCACUUCGCCGGAGAAAUCUGAAAACGCAGCUUUAUUUCUACGGUUAGGCCUACCGUCCACACUAAUACGCACGAAAA